AUGACUUCUACACAACAUAGUGAAAGUAUCAACUCAUUUUUUGAUGACUUUGUUAAUGCACAAACUCCAGUGGAUAAGUUUGUUAUGCAAUAUGAUAAGGCUUUGUUUGCUCAAAGAAAUGAUGAAGAAAAUGAAGACUUCAAGACAUUGGACUCUAUAUCUAUAGCUAAGUAUUACACAAGUCAUCCAAUUAAGAAGCAUGUAGGAGAAGUGUAUACAAGAGCUUUGUUUAAUAUCUUUCAAGUAGAAUUACGAGAAAGUGAUAUUAUGCUUGCCAAAUGGGUUCGAGAUGGGUUUGAAAAUGCAAAAUAUAUAAUUUGUAAUCAAACUGUUGUGUUUAGCAAAGAUUGUAAUGAAGAUGGUGAGCCUUCCGCUACAUGCUCUUGUAAGAAGUUUGAUAGAGAAGAUAUGUAUGAGAAAAUCAUGGCUAAGCUUAAAGACAUUUUUGAAAUCCUUGAUGAAAUGUCUAGUACACCAGAACAUAGAUUGUGCACUGGACAAAAUGAGGAAAAUCAAGAGAUUAUUGGUUCCUUUUCUUGCCUUGGCUUCUCAAGUGAAGAUAAUGUUUGUAGGUCAAACAUUAGUAUUCUUGAUCCAAAACCUGUCAAGAGCAAAGGUCGACCAAGAGCAUUAUCUUUGGAUUUCAGGAAACAAGCUAACAUUAUCAAAUACCAGAGCAUAGGUAAUGUCGCCAAGGAGGGAGAUCAGAACAGGCUCGUCUUUGAACAUGUUGCUCCAGAAGAAUUUCUCAAGGCUUCGACGGUGAAGAGGCUGAAGACAAGAUUAGAUCUAGUAGCCACAUUAACGACGGCGGCGGUGAGGGGGCUGAAGGCUUCGACGCAGGCACUGUGGAUGGAAGAGUCAUGGUCAUGGAGGUGGCGGAGGACAACAGAGAAUAGGCUUGUCAGGAGGACGGGUGUCAGAGAGAACGGAGAGGAAGGAGGAAAGGGAGGAGGGUGA